AUGUCACCAAUCCAGAAAGUCGCAGUAUUCGGUGCCGCCGGCAACUUUGGCGGGCCCAUCACCUCUGCCCUCCUCGAGGCGGGCUACACGGUGACGGUGGUGACGCGCCGAGACUCGAGGGCCGAGUUCCCGCCCGCGGUCUCGUCGGUCGUCCGCACGUCGGGCUACGCGGACCUGGCGGAGCUGCACUCGGCGCUGCGGGGCCAGGACGCCGCCAUCUGCGCCCUGGCUCCCGGCGCACUGCCGUUCCAAGAGGGCAUCGUCGUCGCUGCCGAGGCCGCGGGGCUGCGCCGCCUCGUCGUCAGCGACUUUGGCUGGGGCCCGGACCACCGCCGCCACCUCCCCGACUUUGCAGACAUUGGCGACGCGAGGAGCGUCCCCGUCCACAGGGCCAGGGCCCUCGCGAGGUCGAACCCGGCCUUCUCGUGGACUGCUGUGGCCAUUGGGAAUCCGAUCGAGUGGGCGCUCAAAAAGUUCCCAACAAUGGGUUUCGACAUCUCCACCAACACCGCCAUCAUCUACGACACCGGAACCGAGACCUUCACCGGCACCACGACCCAGGGGAUCGCCCAGGCCGUCAUCGGCGUGCUGCGGAACCCGGACGAGACGGCGAACCGCGUCGUCAGGGUCCGAUCAGUGCAGACCUGUCAGCAGGAGCUCCUGGCUGCGUUCAGGGACGCCACGCCCGGCAGGGAGUGGACGGUGCGGCACGAGACGGUCGCCAGCCUCAUCGAGAGGGGGAGGGCGAAGCGCGAGGAGGGGCUGCCCUGGCACUUGGACCUGGCCGUGGCGCAGCUGUACGAGGAGGGCCAGGCCCGCAGCGUGCUCGUGUCGAGGCAGGACUCGGACAACGACCUUGUUGGGGUCCGGGACGAGACCGUGGCCGAAGUUGUCGCCAAGGUCUUGGCGUGA